AUGUAUUAUAUUACAGUAGUGUACUGCGACUACAGCGGCUCGGGUCGAUCAUUGCAGUGGAUCGAGGAUUAUGUCACGCGGGACGUUCUGCCACGUCACGCCACGCGUUGCUCAGCACUAUCCGUGACAUCGGGACAGACUGAGGUUUAUAGGUCGGAGUCGAAAGAGAUUUUACGAUCAGCUGUAGGGGCUAGUGAUGAAGAUGUAGUGGUUAUUGGAGCGUCUCUGAACCAGUUCCUACGAGCUCUGAGGCCGGAGAAUGUGGUCGUGUUUGUAUCAUCACGGGAGACUGAAAGACAACUUACACCGUGGAAGGAGUUUGGGGCUGAGAUAAUCAAGAUACCAGAAACUAAAGAAGGUUUUAUUGAUCUGAACAACUUAGAGAUGAGAUUACAAGAGAAUACGGAUAAUGGAAAACGUAUGAUAGGAUUCUUUCCAGCCGCUUCAAAACUCACUGGAGUUUUGGCUGAUGAUGUAGCUACGACGUUGUUGCUUCACCAAUACGGCGCUUGGUCUUUUUGGGACUAUACUUUAGUAGCACCAACUUGUGCUGUUGAUAUGAAUCCGACUUUUUUGGGAGUUGAAGACGGUAUGGUGAAAAAAGAUGCGCUGUUUUAUAACUGCGAGAAAUUCGUUGGCGGCAUUCAAGGGCCUUACAUCACUGUUGUGAAGAAACACGUCUUCACGAACACAUCGAUAUAUCACGACGACGUUGAGGUACUAGCUGAAAGGAUAUCAGAGUACAAAUGCACAGAGGCAGUAAGAGCAGCUAUCGUAAUGCAGAUACGAGAUGGAGUUGGUCUUCAGAACAUAGCUGAUAGACAAGACCAUAUUACCAAACAUCACUGA